AUGUCCUCCUCUACAUUAGUCUCACUGCUGGUUGUGGCUUCAUCGCUAGAUCUUUCUUCAGCUUGCUUUGCAUCAGGAGUUUGUGGAGGCGGAGGUGGAUGUGCACCUCCUCCACCACCUGUCUGUGGUGGAGGUAAGUCAACCCCAUACUCCUAACC